CGCACCUACCACCUUUCGGUGCUACCACAUCGGAGAUGGGGUAUUUGCCACCAAUUUGUCGCCUUCCGACCGAAUUACUCGCUUUGAUCUUUGCCACCAUCGUACAGGAGUAUGAAUCGGACCCUCCUUAUCCGGAGGCGUUGGGAUGGUUUCUACUAUCAGUGACGCUUGUGUCCUACCCUUGGAGGGAAAUCGCGCUUGGAACACCCAGGUUAUGGAGAAAUAUUUUGAUACCCGGAUAUGCCAAUUUAUUGGACCGUUCACAGGGGGGCGAAAGUGCGUGGGAACUUGUUGGGCGCAAGUACCAUUCACCCGCGUUUUGCAUACGACAAAGCGCGGUGGUUCCUCUAUUUGUGUAUGUGGACGGCGAUACCUGGCCGCAAGAGCUGAUCGACUCACUUCUGCGCCCCGGUAUUUGCGACCGUAUACAGAAGCACUACCUCGGCCCACUUGCGAUAUCCAGUGUCACACCGCACAACUUCCGAUCCCUCCGAUCUCUUGGAAUAUCCAUUCAACAUUUCCGCACCCUUGAGCUCAUCUAUUCCUGGCUCCUCGCCUGCGGUCCAUCUCUUUUCCGUCUGGAAUUCGACAGUACUCUGUACUGUCCGACGGAACCCGAAGCUCUGAUUGCUAUCCCUGACCUCAAACCAGCCGAGCUCCACAAUCUAAAAGAACUCUGCUUCUGGCUUGUCAGGCCAGUCGACAUGCCCCAUAUACUUUCCUGCAUCUCCGCCCCACACCUCGAGCACCUCACUCUGCUGCUGAGCCGCAUGAAGGACUGGCCCUCUUCCGAACGCUGCAUCCCACCCGCAUGUCUGACAUCCUUCGGUGCCAGCGGUAGUACACCACUCCACGAGCUCAAGCAGCUCACCCUAGGCGGAAGGCUUACAGCACGAGACGUACAUGCCGUCCUAUCACUAGCCUCUACGCUAGAAGAGCUCAGACUGGUCGACUUUCAGCCUCCUCGGGAAGAGACGCAAUUCGUACUGCUAUCACUCGCGGCGUCCGAAUCCAACACCGCUUCCAUAUCUCAAACCAAUGCCUCCAUUCCAUUGAUAUCCUCCUCGGCACCACUCCUGAACUCGGAAUCAACCCAGCCAACAUUCUGCAGCGCCCCCCUCCGACUGCUCCACCUCACAACCCUCGCUCUCACCAGGUGCAAGAUCUCCCUCUCGGAGCUUCUCCGACUACUCGAUUACCCCCUCGCCUCCGCCGUUCGGACCAUGCUGCUCGACAGACAUAAGCUGAUAGGAUAUAAGCUGAUAGGACAUGAGCUGUCUGAGCUGGCGGCGUUGAGAGAGGCUGGCAUUAGCGUGUGGUUAUGGUGGCAUGGGCCGGCGAGAUUUAUGUUCGAGAGACGGGAAACGGUCAGCUUGUGGGAGUGACCGGAAACUUGAAUAGCGGAAACGGGUUUAUGGCUGGACCAUCUGCACCGUACAUGAAUAAUGCAUCAGGAUAUUCAAAAAG